UGGUCCGUUCAGUUCCAAGACAACCACAACCAACAACAACAACAACAUGGCUUUCAAGGUCGCUCUCCUGGCAGCUCUGCUGGCCGUGGCCCACGCCGGUGGCCCAGCCGCCUACUCCACCUACACCAACACCGCCGACUUCGGCGCCGUCGGAGCGACCCUCGAGAGCACCUCCAAGGGCCUGGGCGGCCUCAACACCAUCAGCCAGUUCUCCAAGGCCGUGGACAGCCCCACCUCCAGCGUGCGCAUCAGCAACUCGCGCGUCAGCAACGACUUCGGCUCGCUGGGCUACGGCGCCCUGCCCGCCCCCGCCGGUCUGGCCUACGGUGCUGCCGGUGCCUCCUACGGCGCCUCCCUGCACGGUGCCGGUGCCUACGGAGUAGUCCGCGCCGCCCCCGCCAUCGCCGCCGCCCCCGCCCUGGCCUACGGAGCCAGCGCUUACGCCGCCCCCGCCAUCGCCGCCGCCCCCGCCAUCGCCGCUGCCCCCGCCCUGGCCUACGGCGCCCGCGCCUACGCCGCCCCCGCUCUUGCCUACGGCCGCGGCCUCGCCUACGGCGGUGCCUACCGUGCCGCUGUCGCCGCCCCCGCUCUGGCCUACGGUGGUGCCUACCGUGCCGCUGUCGCCGCCCCCGCUCUGGCCUACGGUGGUGCCUACCGUGCCGCUGUCGCCGCCCCCGCUCUGGCCUACGGUGGUGCCUACCGCGCCGCCUACGCCGCCCCCGCUCUGGCCUACGGAGCCCGCGCCUACGCCGCCCCCGCCUACGCCGCUGCCCCCGCCGUCCUCGCCGCUGCCCCCGGUCACGUUACCUUCUCCGGCCUGGGCACAGCCUACCACUUCUAAAUUUCCUGUCCUCCAUCCUCUUCUUCACACUUCCAACCCCUCUUCUGAGGUACAACCGUACACCUUUUCGCCGGUGGGCGAAAACUUCGUCGCUGGCGAAUAUUCUUUCUAUCAUGCUUUCCUUUUGCGAAAGUGCCGUGAAACGAAGUUGCGGACCAUACUGUAAUUUAUACAUCGAAUAAACAAAAACUUUUCUCGCCAUAAUAA